UGAACCUGCGAGCCAAGCUGAGAGGAAAACGGGAGUGUCAGUCUGUACAAAUAAAAACUAGACGGAAUUAAACUACUUUUCCCAACACAGGUGAACAUGGCGUCCGGCAGUUCGAGCAGCGAGGAGGAGAGGAGCCUGCGGGAGUGUGAGCUCUACGUACAGAAACACAACAUCCAGCAGCUGCUGAAGGACUGCAUCGUCCAGCUCUGCACGUCCAGGCCUGACAGACCCAUGGCCUUCCUGCGCGACUACUUCGAGAGGCUGGAGAAGGAGGAGGCUAAGCAGAUGAUCAGCCAGCAGAAGUCGGGCUCUCGCUCCGAUUCACGUGAGGAUGAGAUUUCUCCACCCAUGAACCCGGUGGUGAAAGGCCGCCGUCGCCGCGGUGCCAUCAGCGCCGAAGUCUACACCGAGGAGGACGCAGCCUCAUAUGUUAGAAAGGUCAUUCCAAAGGACUAUAAAACCAUGGCUGCACUCGCUAAAGCCAUCGAGAAGAACGUGCUCUUCUCCCACCUCGAUGACAAUGAAAGAAGCGAUAUAUUUGACGCCAUGUUUUCCGUGAACUACAUCGCCGGGGAGACCGUCAUUCAGCAAGGUGACGAGGGCGACAACUUCUACGUCAUCGAUCAGGGUGAAAUGGAUGUGUACGUGAACAACGCCUGGGUGACGAGCAUCGGCGAGGGAGGCAGUUUCGGGGAGCUGGCGCUGAUCUACGGCACCCCCAGAGCUGCCACGGUUCGAGCCAAGACCAACGUUAAGCUGUGGGGGAUAGACAGAGACAGCUACCGGAGAAUACUCAUGGGAAGCACUCUGAGGAAGAGGAAGAUGUAUGAAGAGUUCCUCAGCAAGGUCUCGAUUUUAGAGUCUCUGGAUAAGUGGGAGAGGCUGACGGUGGCGGACGCGCUGGAGACGGUGCAGUUCGAAGACGGACAGAAGAUCGUCGUGCAGGGCCAGCCUGGAGACGAGUUUUUCAUCAUCCUGGAGGGAUCGGCAGCGGUGCUGCAGAGACGCUCCGAGAACGAAGAGUUUGUGGAAGUGGGUCGACUCGGACCGUCUGAUUACUUCGGUGAGAUAGCGCUGCUGAUGAACCGGCCCCGCGCCGCCACCGUGGUCGCCCGCAACCCCCUGAAGUGUGUGAAGCUGGACCGGCCCCGGUUCGAGAGGGUCCUCGGGCCCUGCUCCGACAUCCUGAAGAGGAACAUCCAGCAGUACAACAGCUUCGUCUCUCUCUCCGUCUGAACCUCUCUCUCUCUCUUUACACUCUUCUGUUCAUCGCAGGGUCCAGCCACGCCCUUUUUAUCCUGAUUCCCAUGUGUGUGUGUGUGUGUGUGUGUGAGCUGUUGUGUGCAGAGUCGUUAGAUGAAUGCUUCGUUACUGAAGAUGCUGAAUGAAGGAAGCGCUCUUAUUAUUAAUUAGUCCGUUAGUGUAAAGCUGAGUAUUUGACCGUGUUUAGGGCGGGACUGAACCCCGGAUCCCGAGGUACGCUCGACGAUCGGCUCGUUCGAGGGUCUCUGUGCAGCGCCGUCGAUCAGCCAGCAGGGAGUGUAGGGGAUUCCUCAUAACUGCAGCAAUUACGCCCCCUGCUGGCUGAUCGACGGCGCUGCACAGAAACGGGUAUAAUAGACAUUGGUCAAGCCAAAGGUGUGUGUGUGUGUGUGUGUGUGUGUGUGUGUGUGUGUGUGUUCUAUCUAAACGACUCUGUGAUGUGAUUGUGAAUGUAUAUGAACAUACACCUUUCAUUACACUCUUUUUUUCACGCCUUUUCACGCACCAUGGGUCAAAAAUCGCACCGUGUUCACUACGCGGUGCGUCGCUUAUAAAUGAGGUGAUUUGGAACACGUCCGGUACCUGUCAUGGACAUGUCUGCAGCAAACCACAUAGGAAACAGGGCGUCAUUAGGGAGUCAUUAGUCCACUAUAUACUGAAGAGGGUGGGAUUUGGGACACGCCCACAGUGGGCUGUUGGUGUUUAUGCCCACUGUGUUCAGAGGGUGGGAUUUAAGGACACGCCCACAGUGGACUGUUGGUUUUAAGUCCACUAUAUACUGAAGAGGGUGGGAUUUGGGACACGCCCACAGUGUAACAUUGUUGUUUAUGCCCACUGUGUUCCGAAGAGGGUGGCAUUUGGGACGUAACCCCAGGGCCCUGUGGCUGUUUAUAUGGCCUGUAUAGUUAACGGAGUGGGAUUUGGGACACGACCAGGGCGAAACAUUGGUGUUUAUGUUUGAUUAGUUUUUUUUUUUGGAAAUGUAUAAAAACAAACAUUUUUAAUUAUACUCGUCUUAAUUAUUCCCAUCAGAAGUGCAGAGCUGCAUCCUGGGAUGAAAUCCUGAUCACACAUUAAUAAGAAAAAAUAUAGUUUUUUAAUAUUUGAGUUGAAAUAUGUGGUGGAUUCGAUUUCCUACAAUCUUUAAUAAUGACUGAAACAAGCAGGAUGAACCUGGUGGUACGUGUGUGUGUGUGUGUGUGUGUGUGUGUGUGUGUGUGUGUGUGUGUGUGUGUGUGUGUGUGUGUGUGUGUGUGUGUGUGUGUGUGUGUGUGUGUGUGUGUGUGUGUGUGUGUGUGUGUGUGUGUGUGUGUGUGUGUGUGUGUGUGUGUGUGUGUGUGUGUGUGUGUGUGUGUGUGUGGUCCCUCUCCCCUCUCUCGUUUUUGCAGUAUUUGAUCAGAAAGCGCCUCCGUGUUUGUCACAUUUACACCCUACGAGCAAAAGUAUCCGGACACUCUUGACACCUGGUUUUAAAAACAACUGGUACUAAUAUAAACUGACCCUCUGUGUGAUCUUUACAGCUAGAACAACAGUCACUGUUUUAAAAAGCUUCUUGUAUGUCUGUGUGUGGGAAUUUGUGCCCGUAUGGCUGGGUGCUGAUGUUCCGGCACAUUCCAGAGCUGUUGAGUGAGACUGAGAAUAGAGCUCGCUUUGAGCUGGAACAUGAACGGUCCUUCCCUAAACUCUUGCUGCAGUGAUUUAUUACACACAUGGAUUUGGUCAUUAAAAGGCGUGUCCUGAUACUUUUGUGUGUGUGCGUGUGUGUGUGCGUGUGUGCGUGUGUGGUGUGUUGGACGGUUUCGUUCCUCCCUGCUGCAUCCACGCUGUCUGAUUCUGUUGGAUUGUUUCACUCAGUCGUGUGUUUUAUAUUCCUGUAUUUUUAUCAGAGCUUGAUGAUGAUGAUGAUUAUUAUUAUUAUGAUUAUUAUUAAUUAUUGAUCUGUUAGAGCUGAUGUCGUGUGAUCGUGGCUGACGAGUCUUCUUAAGCGACGCCGUUGGCCAGCAGAGGACCAUUAGAUUUUCCUUUCUGUGAUGUACGCUGAGCUGAUUUGCUUCCUUUCUUUCUUGUUUAGUUUUAUCUUGAUUAUCGUGCUGAUGUAAAGCUUUUCCAGUAUCAACCAUCCCAGCCGAGCAAUAAAAGAAAUGUAAAACCUG